CCUAUAUAUUUGCUGACAGGACUAUCUUCCUUUUAAAGACAACCUCCUCCUUACAUUGGUUUUCACUUAGUGAUGUCGCGUAUUUGUGUGGUGAACCUGUAAAGAGCAAGACAGGCAGAAGCCAGCUUUUUUAAUUAUUUGAUUCAUUUUAUUUCUUCAGUUAUUUUGAUUUUAUUUAAUCCAUUGGCUGAAAGGGACUCAUUUCUGUAUUUUGGUUAAAUAAAUAUUUAAUUUAAUCAUUUUAUCUUGUUUAUGUGUUGAUUUCUGUUUCCAAGUUUGAACUAAGAGAAAGGCCGAAUUCAUCUUUUUAUAGCCUAUUUGCAAGUGUCUUCUUCAUUCUCUAUUUUUAAAGAGAUUGUUUGGCUAAGGACGUCCGUAACUUUCAUUUGUAGAAACGACGCCAACUCCAAACUAACAUGGCAGUCAGACUGUGCGACGUGGCUUCUCUGCUUAGAAGUGGUUCGUGGGCGACAGAGCCUUGGACUGGGCAGGUAAUUGCAGCCAUGGAAACACAGCUGUCCAAUGGGCCCACUUGCAACAACACGAGCAACGGUCCCUCAACAAUCUCAAACAACUGCUCCUCUCCGGUAGAGUCGGGGAGCAUGGAGGACAGUAAAACUAACUUGAUAGUAAACUACCUGCCUCAGAACAUGACCCAAGAAGAGCUCAAGAGUUUGUUUGGGAGCAUCGGGGAAAUUGAGUCCUGUAAAUUAGUUCGAGACAAAAUAACAGGGCAGAGCCUAGGUUAUGGAUUUGUGAAUUACGUGGACCCGAAAGAUGCAGAGAAAGCCAUUAACACAUUAAAUGGCCUGAGACUACAGACCAAAACCAUUAAGGUGUCCUACGCUCGUCCAAGCUCGGCCUCCAUUAGAGAUGCAAAUUUGUACGUCAGUGGCUUACCAAAAACCAUGACUCAGAAAGAACUAGAGCAGCUCUUCUCUCAGUACGGACGAAUCAUUACCUCACGCAUUCUGGUGGACCAAGUGACUGGUGUCUCCAGAGGGGUGGGUUUUAUCCGGUUUGACCGGCGAAUCGAAGCAGAAGAAGCCAUCAAGGGCCUGAAUGGCCAGAAGCCACCGGGCGCCACAGAGCCCAUCACCGUGAAGUUCGCCAACAACCCCAGCCAGAAGACGAGCCAGGCUCUGCUCUCCCAGCUGUACCAGUCGCCCAAUCGAAGGUACCCCGGACCCCUCGCACAGCAGGCACAGCGCUUCAGGUUGGACAAUCUGCUAAACAUGGCAUAUGGAGUCAAGAGCCGGUUCUCCCCUAUGGCCAUCGAUGGGGUGACCAGCCUGGCUGGCAUCAACAUCCCAGGGCACGCGGGCACCGGCUGGUGCAUCUUCGUCUAUAACCUGGCUCCGGAUGCAGACGAAAGCAUCCUGUGGCAGAUGUUUGGUCCGUUUGGCGCCGUCACAAACGUCAAGGUCAUCCGGGACUUCAACACAAACAAGUGCAAAGGGUUCGGAUUUGUCACCAUGACUAACUACGACGAGGCAGCCAUGGCCAUCGCUAGCUUAAACGGAUACCGUCUCGGGGACAGAGUUCUGCAAGUCUCGUUCAAAACCAACAAAACGCACAAAGCCUAAUCUCCGUCUCGGAUUGUUUAUAGAAAACUCUACAGAAAAUGGAAAAACCUAAAAUGGAAACCUACCGACCGUAAAAACUUUCUACGUUAGUAAAAACAUCUUUGUAAAUCAGUGUUACGAAGGGAAACUAUAUUUAGCGUCCGAAAGUGUGUUUCUUUCUUUUCCUUCAUUGCUAGGCUUUAAAACUUCAUAAAAUACUUUGUGGUAAAACCAGAAAAAAAUACUGCAGGUUUUCACGCCUGUCUUUAAAGCUGGACCUUUUAAAAUGUUACUAAAGGGUUGUUUAUUUGUUUUUUGUUUUGUUGCACAUCUGCUGUAAAAAAAAAAAAACUGGAAGUUUUGUAAAGGCAUGUGUAGUGAUAUUUUUUUUUUUGUUUGUUUUUUCUGUGUCUUGAUUUGCCUUGGUGCUUUUUGCGUCUUAAGUGGUUUAACGAAGUAUUUAUUUUUGAUUUAUUCCGUUUAAAAAAAAUAUAUAUAUUAAAAAAAUGUUAGUAUUAUGUUUAUUGUAAUAUGAGUUAGUUAGUUAUUGGUUGGCUGCAUAAUAUUGCUUAUUGUAAAAAGUUAAUGGAGAAAAACACACAAAAAAAUGUCUUAAAGCAGUACCUUGCCAAAGAGCUAAGAACCUCUUUGAUGUGGGUUUAAAAAGCAUCUAUUUUUAUAAAAAGACAAAUUUGGAGAAACUUUUUACUGGACCUGGGGGAAAAAAAAAAUAUUUUGACUUGGAUACUUUGAGAAAUAUCUUCAUAUGACACCUUACCAGGAAGUUUGCAGUGGUUGACAUUUCUGGAGAGAUUUCUGAUGUAAAAAGAUACCCUUUUUGAGAUCUUUGUAUCAUCAUUCGAUUCUAGAAUCAAUGGCAGUGAUGGUUUCAUUUGUAUAAUCAUCUGUGUGGUUGUCCUAUCAUCCCGGCUAUUAUGACGAGCAACUCCCAUUUCACUUUUUUUGAUUUGGAAAUUCAGACAGAAAACAAAAUACGAAGGUUUAUUUGCAAAAGUGCAUGCAAAAUUAUACUGGAAAUAUCUUCAAACGUAAAGGGGGG